UCUGGAGGGUUUUCUGUUGGAGGAGAGGGGUUAUAUUUUUAUACUUUUCAAGGGUCAAAUUUUGAUCAGAAAGUUCUGCAGAAAAAGAAAUCUGUAAUCAUUUAAGAAAAAGUCCUCUUUCUGGCCAAAGCUAGUAUUUGUUGCACAUGUUAAUGGACUUUAAUCCUUACUGCAGUGCUCAUGGUAAAGAUGAAACAUGAAGAGAAUGGCUGAAAAUGGGCCAAAUGUCAACUGUUUGAUGUAGCAUAAUGGUCUACAGCAGCCGGACUGCUGUGAUCCUUGAGAUAGCACCUCCUGUGGAGAGUUCUGGUGGCAGAUGCUGCUUGCUGUUGUUGCGCGUGUACCGGCUCCCGGUACCCAAGGAAAUAGCUCCCUGGUGCUUCCUGGAGAGCUGCAGUGGAUUUCUCAAAUCAUGCUGAUUUGCCGCUUUUAUUUCUCAGCGUGCCAUGCUAUCUGAAAUAUAAUAAAAGAACAUGCUAAUAUGAUAAGCUCUUUAAUUGUCACUGUGACAAGCAACACCUGUUUUGCUGGGACUUGUGCGAGGAGUCCCUGUGCUCCAUGGCUCUGUUGGGAGGGGGCACUCACUGGGAAGGAGAGAAGAGGAGGAAGGUUUGGCAUUCAUGUAGGGCUUGUUUCCUUUGUUACUAGGAGCACUGAAUUAAUACACUAAGCCUGAGAGUCAUUAAGAUAAAGAACUAGCAGCUUUAAUGAAUAUAUCCAGCUAGGCUGGAGAGCUGCACGGAACUAAUAAAACCAACAUGCUUUGUGCAAAACCCGGGGUGGAUUCACUGGUAGAUGUAAUGGAAGAAGUUAGCUUGUUCCGGACUGUAUGUCUUAUAGCUGUGGCCUCCGGAUUUCUUUCUUAACAAAAAAUGAAAAAGAAAAGAAAUUGGCAUAAACACGAUACUGGACAGACUACAGAGGUCAAGCCUGUACAGAACGGGAGUCAAGUCUUUAUAAAGGAACUUCGAAGUCGUACUUUUCCAAGUGCUGAAGAUAUAGUAGUGAAAGUGCCAGGCAGCCAACUAACAACAGAGUAUUUGGAAGAAAAUGGUUUCACAGAGCCCAUCCUUGUUCCAAAGAAGGACGGUCUGGGUUUGUCUGUGCCAGCACCCACGUUCUACGUCAGCGAUGUUGAAAACUAUGUUGGACCAGAGAGAAGUGUUGAUGUCACUGAUGUCACCAAACAGAAAGACUGCAAGAUGAAGCUGAAGGAAUUUGUGGAUUACUACUACAGUACAAACAGGAAAAGGGUCCUCAAUGUGACUAACCUGGAGUUCUCAGACACGAGGAUGUCCAGUUUCGUAGAACCUCCAGAUAUAGUUAAGAAGUUGUCCUGGGUGGAAAACUAUUGGCCUGAUGAUGCUCUUCUGGCUAAACCAAAAGUUACCAAGUACUGCCUGAUCUGUGUGAAGGACAGCUACACAGAUUUCCACAUAGAUUCAGGAGGAGCUUCUGCAUGGUACCAUGUGCUGAAGGGAGAAAAAAUAUUUUAUCUCAUCAAACCAGCCUCUGCAAAUAUUUCUCUCUAUGAACGCUGGCAAUCAGCAGCAAACCACAGUGAAAUGUUUUUUGCAGACCAGGUAGAUAAAUGUUAUAAAUGCACAGUUAAACAAGGACAGACACUCUUCAUUCCUUCAGGUUGGAUUUAUGCAACUCUAACACCUGUAGACUGCCUGGCCUUUGCAGGACAUUUUCUACAUAGUCUAAGUGUUGAAAUGCAGAUGAGGGCAUAUGAAGUAGAAAGACGAUUGAAAAUUGUCAGUCUAACUCAGUUUCCGAACUUUGAAACUGCCUGUUGGUAUAUGGGAAAGCAUCUAUUAGAGACAUUCAAAGGUUUGCACAAAGCUGGGCAACAACCACCUGCUCAUUUACUCCAAGGAGCAAAAAUUCUCAAUGGUGCUUUCAGGUCAUGGACUAAAAAACAGGCUUUAGCAGAGCAUGAAGAUGAACUACCAGAAAACUUCAAACCAGCACAGCUUAUCAAGGACCUUGCCAAAGAGAUACGAUUAAGUGAGAAUGCUUCGAAAGCCAGCAAAGCAGACACGAGUGCCAACACAAAUGCUGAGGAGAUCUGUCCUGUGGAGAAGGAGGAUGCACCUUCACCCGUCCAAGUGACACCUCCACCCCCACCUGUAGAAAAGCUCCCUAAAAAAAAGACUCCAAAAACUGUGAAAACCCCCAAACAACUCAAGCCAUCCAAGCCUCCUAAACCUCCUAAGCCUCCCAAACCCCCCAAACCUCCCAAAACACCAAAAGUCAAGGGAGAAGGAAAAAAGAAAGGAAAGAAGGCAAAAGAGAGUCCACCGCCAGCCAUCCCGAAUCUUGACUUGCUGGAGGCACACACAAAGGAGGCUUUGACAAAGAUUGAGACGCCAAAGAAGGGAAAGGCUGCAAAGAAUGUUUUAAGCGUUCCUAAUAAGGAAACAGCUAAUAAGCAAAAUGAGGUGGAGAAAUUUGAAGCUCGAGAGCAAAAUAAAAGCAAAACAGAAGCCAAAUGGAAAUAUAAGAACAGUAAACCUGAUUCCCUAUUAAAAAUGGAAGAGGAACACAAAUCAGAAAAGACGCCUUUAUCAGGAAAUAAGGACAACAAAUUUACAUUCUCCUUCUCUAAUAAGAAGUUGCUUGGUUCAAAGGGAGUCAAAACCCAACUGAAUACUAGUGUGUUUGGGUCACUGCAGAAUUUUAAAGAAGAUAAAGCAAAACCUGUACGAGAUGAAUAUGAGUAUGUGUCAGAUGAUGGUGAGCUAAAAAUCGAUGAGUUUCCAAUCAGAAGGAAGAAAAACACUACAAAAAGAGAACUGCCCUUUUUGUCAGAUAAAAAAGACACUUUGCAGCAUACUCCUGUUAAGAAGCCAAAGGUGGAGUCAGUGUCAUAUAAGAGUGAUGACUCGUCAGAUGAAGAUUUGCUUCACAUUGACACAGAGGCAAAGCCAGGGCGUAAUUCCAAAGUAAAGAAAGAGAGCGGAAGUUCAGCAGGAAUUCUUGACCUUUUGCAGGCAAGCAAGGAAGUCGGGGGUUUAGAGUAUAACACCAACAGUCAGCCACCUGCCUCACCCAGCACGCAAGAAGCAAUCCAGGGCAUGCUAUCGAUGGCAAACCUCCAGUCAUCAGACUCCUGCCUCCAGGCAUCCUGGGGUACCAAUCAGGCGAAGAAUAACUCCAUCUCCACACAGAACUCUAAAAAAACAGGCGGCGGUAGUAACAAAAAUGCUGGCAAGCGGUUACUAAAGAAAAGCACAAAGAACAGUAUUGACAUUGAAGAUUACGAUGAAGAUCAGGACCAUUUAGAUGCCUGUUUUAAAGAUUCAGAUUAUGUUUACCCUUCUCUUGAAUCAGAUGAAGAUAAUCCAGUAUUCAAAUCUCGAUCAAAGAAAAGGAAAAGUUCAGAUGACGCCCCUUAUAGCCCAACAGCACGAGUCGGCCCCUCGGUGCCUCGACAAGACAGACCGGUGCGAGAGGGUACAAGAGUCGCCUCCAUUGAAACCGGACUCGCUGCUGCUGCCGCAAAGCUGUCACAGCAGGAGGAACAAAAAGGCAAGAAGAAAAAAAAUACCAAAAAGAAGCUGUCAACCAACAACGCGAACAAACCGGCUCAGGAAGGCAGCUCGCCAGAGCCGAAGCUGGAGUCACAUGCCAGCAGCCUCACAGAUCACGAGUACACCGCAGGGGCCAGCACCUUUGGGGUCGCCCAGCCUAACAGGGGAUCACAGCCGAUGGCACCCGGUGUUUUCCUCACACAGAGGAGACCCUCAUCAUCCUCGCAGAACAAUGCCUCCGCCAAAGGAAAGCGCACGAAGAAGGGGAUGGCCACGGCCAAGCAGCGGCUCGGCAAGAUCCUGAAGAUCCACCGGAAUGGCAAGCUGCUCCUCUAGCGGCCUCCGGGCUACUGCCACCUAACUUUGGCCACCACGACGGCAACCCUUUUAACUUUCAGCGGUUGGAGUGUACAGAAUCCUGCUAUAAAUAUUUUUUAAUAUAGAUGUCCUUUCUCAGAGUGCUGAGAGCGACCAGUCCGCAAAAAGUUAACGCGCCCCCGGCCCGGCCCCGCGGCGCUGAGCAGCGGGAGGCGGUGAGGGGUGGCGGGGGGCGGGCGGGCGGCGGUGCCUGGCUGCCAUGUAGAUGCGUCUCCUGAGGCAUCCUUUUGCUAGAAUGUAGCUUGUACAUAGCUUUUGGAAUAACGACCACCCGUUUUUUAUAAGGGGAAAGUCUCUCUGGGCACCGCCAGCCGCAGCGGCCCGUACCAGCUCUUUGCGUAACUUCUUGUACGAGGAGGGAGACAGUUAUUUUACUAGCACCUUGUGGAGUGUUUCCGUGUUUUGUGACGAUGUAAUUUAUUAAUGUUUGUAGCUUUUUAUAUUUGUACAUUUCUUAUGGGCUUUGUUUAUAUACACACAUUACCGGGGCGCGGCGCCCACGGGGAACCAGAGCCACCCGCAGCCGUGGCGAGGGCCGUGAGGGCCGCGCCGGCCUGGGCGUCGCGCCGGCUUUUUUUAUUAUGAUUAUUAUUAUUAGUAUUAUUAUUUUUUCGCGACAUGUACAUUUCUAACAAAGUUUAUCGUGGCUAUCUAUCUAUGACGGUGUUUUAUUUACCGAUUCAUAUCAAAUGCUCUUGUAUGAAGUUCACGAAAUCUAAGUAAACCUAGAGCAAAGUUUAAAAAAAAAAAGGAAGAAAAAAAGAAAGCAAAGUAAACUAUUUCAGGUUUUGUA